GCAUCGACUCUUUGCGAUGACUGGCGCAGAAAUGUCAUGAUUCAUGCGCACUCAAAGUCCUUGCUGUCCAGUCAAAUUAUUCUUGCUCUUGUUCUUUGUUGUUCUUUGUUUUCUUUGUCCUAUUUCAUUUUUUUUCCCUUUUUCUUAUUCCUGUUCCAUGCGUCGAUCAGCUACCAGCUACUUCUGUACUUUGUACCCAAAGUGCAACUAGUCUCUCUAGUCAAUCUACUAUCUGGUCUACUAAACAGUUGCUAGAUCUCUCCCAUGAUCAAAUGAUCAAUCAAUCAACACCUCAACGCAACUAAACUAACCAAUUGUCGAUCAACAAAUCCUGGCCGGCAAGAUGACGGGCUCACGGACC